UAUAUUCCGCGCUUCCGUUUCCGGUAAAUUCCAAACACAUGAACACGAGCACUGUGCAAGUGGAGAUACCCUGCCAAUUGAUAUGCAGAAAUAAACAUUUUCAAGGCUUAUUGCAAUCAGUCCGUCUGUACACCACCGUGUCCGCUGUGUGACCAGCAUCAUGUCUGCAACUCGUACAAUUACAUCAUCUGUGGCCAAGGACAGGGUCAUUUCCAAGUUCCCUCAAGCCUUCCAUCCAGAUGCAACGCCGUAUCAGAAGAUGAACUUCCACCCCAAGGUGAAAGCAGCGUGUACAGAAAACAAGACAGGAAGAGUUGGGUUAAAGAUAUCCAAGGCAGUGCUGGUGGGAGAUGUAGCUGUGGGGAAGACCUGUCUCGUCAACAGGUUCUGCCACGAUGUGUUUGACCGAGACUACAAGGCUACGAUCGGGGUCGACUUUGAAGUGGAGAAGUUCAGCAUUUUGUCCACACCCUUCACCUUACAGAUAUGGGACACAGCAGGCCAGGAGAGGUUCAAGUGUAUAGCAGCUUCCUACUACAGGGGAGCUAACAUUGUGAUCGUUGCGUUUGACCUGUCUGACGAGGCGUCGUUACGGAGUGUUCCCAAGUGGAUGGACGAGGCUUGUGAGAAUGCAGCUGACCCAAUCAAAUGUCUGGUUGGAACUAAGAAAGAUCUGAUGUCUCCGGCAGGGUACAUCGAUAUUGAGUUCCGUGCUAUUGCGCUGGCCAAUCAGUUAGGUGCUGAGUUCUGGGCAGUUUCCUCCAAGACAGGUGAGAAUGUUCGAGACUUUGUCUUCAGAGCAGUGUCUUUGGCCUUUGACAGUGCUCUGCUUAAAGAAGUCGAUACCUCUGCCACAUCACCCACAAAGCAAAUAGGAAAUGACUUGAUAAAUGUACAGCGGGAAAAUACAGACAUGUUCGAACGGCGGAAAAAGAAGAUGAACUGCUGCUAGUGAUGAUGGCGAUGGGACGAAGGCGGGAUGUAUAUUUCCUGCUGAUAGUUUGCUGGUGCUUGAACAGUGUGCUGUGGUAGACAAUGCAUACUUACAUAAACAAAAGUGGCAUCACACUUUAUGACCAAAACACUUCAGUCAGAACAGUCUAAUGUUUCAUUAAUGGUUAAUAUGCAGAUUGUAGAAGCACAUUUGAGUUGUGUCCCUUAGCCUUGGGUUGGACCGUGAUGAUAUGGUUCUGAGAUUCCAGUCAGUAAUGCAGCAUCAUGUCGGUACAUAUUGCUGUCUGGGGUUGGACCGUGAUGAUAUGGUUCUGAGAUUCCAGUCAGUAAUGCAGCAUCAUGUCGGUACAUAUUGCUGUCUGGGGUUGGACCGUGAUGAUAUGGUUCUGAGAUUCCAGUCAGUAAUGCAGCAUCAUGUCGGUACAUAUUGCUGUCUGGGUCUGGAGACGCUCAUGCUGACUGGCCUGGUUCAGGAUGCAUGGAUUUAGACUUCCAGUGAUGGCCAUAUUAGACCAGUCUCACUUACAAGCCUCCUUACAGAGUGAGUGAUUCUUCUGGUCAUGUUCUUUUCAGGGCCCCAUUCCUCAAAGCGAUUAUAACACUAUAAUAGUUGUAAAUCACUACAAUCCAAUUGUAACUUUAACUUACAAUCACUCCACCGUUCUUCAAAGCAAUGGUAAGUUACAAUAGUUGUAAGUUACAAUCAAUUCCGUAAGUUGCUAAUGACCGUCUGUAACUUACUUAUGAUCGAUUGUUGUGUUGGAACAAGAUGGCGGCGUUUGUUGUAAUUCAUAAACAAAGGAGACAGAAAUUUGGCCCUAAGAGGAUAUUUCACGACCGUAGUCGUGUUCUUGAUGUUUACAAUGAUGCUGAAAUAUUUUCAAGGUACAGAAUGACGAGGGCUUCCAUUCUGAAACUGGUAAGCAUGCUAGAAACUGGGUUGUCCUCGGACACUCAGCGUUUACAUGCACUAUCUGUAGAAAGCAAGGUUUUAAUUACUUUGCGAUAUCUUGCUAAGGGUGGGUUUUUCUGCAAGCUUGGAGAUAUCCAUGGCACCGCUAAGUCAAGUGUAUGUAGGGUGAUUCACCCAACGAUUAGAGGAAGAAUUGACGUCUUGAACAACAUACAUUUUCCUACUGUCGAAACAGCACCUCAUAUCAUGAUGGGCUUUUAUGAGAUCAGUGGCUUUCCUAAAGUGUUUGGAUGUGUUGAUGGAACUCUUAUACCGAUCAAGCGUCCCCCCAUCGACGUCGUGAAAGGGAAAGCAACACUCACCAACUGGAAGUAAUGUAAACGCAUUAUUUCUAACUUUUGCACAGAAGAUCACGAUUGUAAUUUACAAUCGAAAGAUUUACAUUCACGAUACUUACAAUUCCCUUACAAUAACUUUUAGGAACGACAAUAAAUUGCUAUUUACGAUAAUUGGAAAGUUGAUCGUAAGGGUCUUACAACUGAUAGUAGCAAUGAUCGCUUUGAGGAACGGGGCCCUGAAUGUCAAAGUAG